GAUUCAUCCAGCAGCUGGGGGGGGGGGGGAAUAAGUGACCGAAUGGAGUUCCUCACAGUUGGAGUCUCUCCUUGGACUGAGUGACUCCCAGCAGCAUCUCAAUCUGAAUCGUCAGGAGGAAGCACUCACACAGCCACCAACAGAUCCCUCACAGACACACACAUCACACUGAAGCUAUGGGGUCAGUGAGUGAACUCUGCGUGUCCAGCCUUCAGACGUUCUUGUGUCCAGCCGUGAAGCCGCUUCAGCAAGCUCCAGCAGGUCUCACACACUAUCCCCAGCCAAAACCCAUUGAACUGCUCAAGAUGACUUCUCACAACCUCUUUCACACAUCGUAUGGCAACACUAAAACCUCAGUGCCGGACGACCUCACCCCCGAGGAGCAGCAGGAGCUGGAGAAUAUCCGCCGGCGCAAGCAGGAGCUGCUGGAGGACAUUCAGCGGCUGAAGGAUGAGAUAGCAGAAGUGACAAGUGAGAUCGAGAACCUGGGUUCCACUGAGGAGAGGAAAAAUAUGCAGAGGAAUAAACAGGUGGCCAUGGGCCGUAAGAAAUUCAACAUGGACCCCAAAAAGGGGAUCCAGUUCCUGAUUGAGAACGACUUGCUGAAGAACACCAGCGACGACAUUGCUCAAUUCCUCUACAAAGGCGAGGGCCUCAACAAAACAGCCAUCGGAGAUUAUCUCGGAGAGAGAGAUGACUUCAAUCUGGAAGUCCUUCAUGCCUUUGUGGAGCUUCAUGAGUUCACAGACCUGAACCUGGUUCAGGCCCUCAGACAGUUCCUGUGGAGUUUUCGGCUACCGGGAGAAGCUCAGAAGAUCGAUCGCAUGAUGGAGUCUUUCGCUCAGCGCUACUGCCAAUGCAACCCUGGCGUUUUCCAGUCCACAGACACCUGUUACAUCUUGUCAUUUGCCAUCAUCAUGCUAAACACCAGCCUCCACAACCCGAACGUGAAGGACAAGCCGGCUGUGGAACGAUUCAUCUCCAUGAACAGAGGAAUCAACGAAGGAGGAGACUUACCUGAAGACCUGCUCAGGAAUCUGUAUGAUAGCAUCAAGAAUGAGCCUUUCAAAAUCCCAGAGGACGACGGAAACGACCUCACACACACUUUCUUUAACCCAGACAGAGAGGGCUGGCUGCUAAAACUGGGGGGACGUGUUAAAACCUGGAAGAGAAGGUGGUUUAUCCUCACAGAUAACUGCCUGUACUACUUUGAGUACACCACAGACAAAGAGCCCAGAGGAAUUAUCCCCCUGGAGAACCUGAGCAUCAAGGAGGUGGAGGAUAAGAAGCCUAACUGCUUUGAGCUUUUCAUCCCUGACAACAAGGACCAGGUGAUUAAAGCCUGCAAGACUGAGGCUGACGGACGCGUAGUCGAGGGCAACCAUACCUUCUACCGUAUCUCCGCCCCCACUACUGAGGAAAAAGACGAAUGGAUGAACAGCAUCAAAGCUGCCAUCAGCAGGGACCCCUUUUACGAGAUGCUGGCAGCCAGGAAGAAGAAGGUGUCGUCCAUGAAGAGGCACUAGAGCUGCCCUGCGCUCCAGAUGUUGCACUUGACAGAGCAGGGGGUCCGGGUAUCUGCCCGCCCUGUCUGGGGGGGGUGCAGAGACCGCGGUUUAGGUCUGCCGACCUCUGCAGGGGAUUUCUCUAAGACUUGGGACUCUACAGGCCAGAAAAACAGGAAGCAUGCUGGGGUUUCUAGAUAAGAGUCGGGGCCAAAGUGUCUGUUAACCUCCUCUAACCUCCUCUCUCAGCUUUGUUUGUGCUCUCUGUGUAUGAAGCUGAAAGGAAAUCUUGCUGUUUAAGACGGCAAACCCCCUUCGAAGAUGCUUAAAUAUCAAACAACAUAAAUCCCAUAUACAUUGUUGCACACAUACAGAACAUGCAUACACUCAUGCAGCCCCCUCGUAGCACACAUCCUUUAAACUCAGCAGGUCUGACCGUGUGGCACUCCAACCAAAAUAUUCCUCGCUUCCUGAAAGAAAAGUGAAUCCCUUUUCUGACGUGCUUUAAUGUUACAGUAAUACGUGUCUAUUUUUACAGCUUUAAAUGUUGAUUCCUCUUUUUGUUUGUUUACUUUUGUUAAGAAAAUGGCAACAGAAACUGCAGGGGGGGCGGGUGUGGGAGGAAGGGCGGGAGGGUAUGAUUUGCCAACUGUUAGUGAUUUUAUACUUACAAAAAAGAAAACGUAAAAAAGUUGCCACUCAGGAGAUUGUUAUGACGUUCUGAAACGUUCCACGUGACAUGGAUCCUGUUCACGACAGCCAUGUGAGGAAUGAAAGCCUCAUCUGUGUCCCGGACUGAACUGUUUUUGUAAAUGUGAAGCUGCAUUGUGGGAUGCUGCAGGUGAGGGUGUCUGGAUGGGGUCUCAGAGUUGUGUCUGACUCAUGUUCUUCAUUUCCUGAAAGUCCUGGAGACGCAUCCUGAGGAUCAGUGUCUUUUUAAAGAGACAACUGUUUAUCACCCCGGGCUUCUUUUUGAGGUUGUCUGGAAAUUAGAAAUGGUGGCCCUAUUUUUCAAUUUCACUUCCCAUACAUUUUUAUAUAAUUUUGUCUUAAUACACAAAACUUAAUUUCAUUGUUAGUAAAGUUACUGCUGCAUGGGGCCUGUUGAUCUAGAUGAAACGUCACGAGAAAAGCUGCUGGUUAGCGACAGUUUCUUCCCCCAUUCAACAGAAUUUAAUCUUUAUUUCCUGCAUUUAAUAUUGAUUUUCUUCGUAGAGUUACCUAUUCAAGGGUAAAACAAAUCACAUGCAUUUUCAUCUCUCAGCCAGACCUCAUUGAUCUUUGUACAAAACUGUGCUUCAGGUUGUUUAUGUAUAAGACAUAAUAUAUGACAUAUUGUUAUAGAGGCUUUAACGCGGCACAAAUAAACAUGUGGUUCAAUAAAAGCUAUGCCUGGAAACGAAUGGGCUGUCCCGACUCAGGAUCCAAAUUGUGAUGUGAAACAAUACAAAACUGCUAGGUGUGAGGAAUGUACUGCGCUGAACCAAAAGAUGGAGGUCAGGAUGGCGUAUGGUGAUGCUGAAGCAGUCGUUUUGUCGAAUGGCAAACUCAACUGCGUGGAGGUACAAUUUUGCAUCACAGUCGGUUGUCUUUUCUACUGUCAUCUGUGCCUGCUGCUCAUCAUCCUCACUCACUGCCUCUUUUGGUUCUCUUCUUCUCUCUGCUCUUCUACGCACUAAUCCUAGGGAAAUUAUGAAAAAUGCAAAACAAUCAUAAUUCUAGACAGUAUUGGUUUAUUUAUCAAAGUUGUACAUAUUUAAAAUGUAUAGUGGGUAUGUUGUCUUCAUUUUGUUUCCUAUUAGCUGUGCCAUUUUCUUUUGGUAUUCUGUUUAAUAAUGUUUGAUUUGAGGUUUGUAUCAUUGCCAUUUAAUCAAGCUAAAAAUAAAGACGAAUGUGUCACAA